GGGGUGGACAGGCCACAGUCGGAGGAGGGGCUCCAGGUGACAUCAGCCUGGACAAAGUGGCGGUGAGUGGCCGAGGAGCCAGAGAGGGACAUGUGGACAUACCGGUACGUCCAGGUGGUCCGGUACGUCCAGGUGGUCCGGUACGUCCAGGUGGUCUGGUACGUCCAGGUGGUCUGGUACGUCCAGGUGGUGAUCCGGUGUCCAGGGAGAGGAGACGUGGAUUAGGCUUCCUGAGGGACAGGCAGGCGUCCACGUCGUGUCCUUGUGGCCGCACACUGCUCCGUGUCCCCACGUGGAAAGCACAAGGACGUGACAGAUGGGCCGGUCACAGGGCAAAGGUCACGCUGACAAGGACUCACCACUGCGGCCGUGGGCGACGUCCAGGCAAGAGAGGGGGGAGGGGGAGGCGCCGGCAUCACAAGAGGACUCCAGAGGGUCAAGAGACACCCGGGAACACUCGAUGAGGAUGUCAUGGACCUCGUAGCGCCGCCACCUGACAUAUGGAAAAAGAACCUUUCAGAAUAAAAGCACGUCAAAGCAUGGAUGACAUCAGUGCCAGAAGACUCACUUGGACGGAUCCAGUUCCAGGUCUUGAGUGCCGCUAACCAACUCCGGAUGAACUCUGACCUGCUCCAACAUGGGCUGACACAGGCGACGUCCAAAUGAGUCUCCAUGAAGACACGCCCACACCCAAGAUGUCACCCUGUCCCCGUUCGCUCAGGACUCUUACGGUCCUUUCUGGUCUCAUGUGGCGCCCCCACUCACAUCCAGCAUGUCCCAAACAUUCAGGGUCUUACAAUCUACAAUAGUCCCAGCGGGUCUACAGUAGUCUAUAUGUGGGACCCAGCAGGUCUACAGUAGUCUAUGUGGGUCCCAGCGGACCUACAGUAGUCUAUGUGGGUCCCAGCGGGUCUACAGUAGUCUAUAUGUGGGUCCCAGCGGACCUACAGUAGUCUAUAUGUGGGUCCCAGCGGACCUACAGUAGUCUAUGUGGGUCCCAGUGCGUCUACAGUAGUCUAUGUGGGUCCCAGCGGGUCUACAGUAGUCUAUAUGUGGGUCCCAGCGGACCUACAGUAGUCUAUAUGUGGGUCCCAGUUGACCUACAGUAGUCUAUGUGGGUCCCAGUGCGUCUACAGUAGUCUAUGUGGGUCCCAGCGUGUCUACAGUAGUCUAUGUGGGUCCCAGCGGACCUACAGUAGUCUAUGUGGGUCCCAGUGGACCUACAGUAGUCUAUGUGGGUCCCAGUUGACCUACAGUAGUCUAUGUGGGUCCCAGUUGACCUACAGUAGUCUAUGUGGGUCCCAGCGGACCUACAGUAGUCUAUGUGGGUCCCAGUGGACCUACAGUAGUCUAUGUGGGUCCCAGCGGACCUACAGUAGUCUAUGUGGGUCCCAGUGGACCUACAGUAGUCUAUGUGGGUCCCAGUGGACCUACAGUAGUCUAUGUGGGUCCCAGCGGACCUACAGUAGUCUAUGUGGGUCCCAGCGGACCUACAGUGGGUCUACAGUAGUCCAUGUAGACAACUUCAACUGACCUUGACCACCUUGUGGAAGGUGUCCAGGUUCUCCUUCAUGCUGUAGUGGAGUCUCAGGUAGGAGAUGAAGUUGCAGGGGAACAUUCCAUAAAGUCGGUGGAAGAGCGAGUAGAUGCUGGCAUGCAGGUGGACAAGAUGGCUGACAUGGGCGUGGCCUGUGGAGAGAGCAGACAACCAAUCAGAAUCUUCCCCUGAACAUUUCGUACCGGAUGGAAAGCAAGGCGCCACCAGGGUUCUUCAGGCUCCAGGAAGCCAAGCGUCCAAAGACGUCAAAGAAGUCAUAGAUGUGGCGUUUGGCGGCGUGAGGGAUCAUGGGGAGCAGCGUGAUGAGCACCAGGACUCCAGGGAUGAGAACCAGCACGUCACCGUCACUCUGACACACAAGAUAAGACUUAGUGGUCUGCCAGCAGACCCCGUUACACUCACGUGUCAGCACCUUGAGGCAUCGCAGCAACGACGUCAGCAGUGGGGAGCAGCUGACGUGGUGAACCCAGGGUGGCUGCUGGCUGAUCAUGUGACCCAGCAGGGUGACGGCGGCCAAUCGGCUGGCUGGCCUGGAAAGGACUUCAUUGAGUUUGUCCAGCAGGGGCUGAGGACACACACGACACGACCUCAUCAUGUCACCACCACCGGUGGAUGCGCCCAAAGGGGUGGAGCUGUGCUUGGAGGCCCCUCCCACAAGACAUCAACGUGCCAAUGAGAAGGAGAGAAGCGCGUGUGAGACCUUGUGGAGAGGUUCUCUGAUGGAGGACAGCAGCUUCACAGCUUGACCGGAUGAGGAGUUCAAGUAGAAGUCCACCAGGCUCCCGAGGACAGCGCCUCCUCUGUCUGACAGGACACACAGCAGAUCAGUGGACAAGGUCACACGGGGCGGGGGUGGGGUUCAAAGUGUGUCUGAUGUAUGAUCUGGUGAACGCCACAGAUCCAUUUGGUUUAUGUGGAGACUCUUAUUUUGAAAACUUUGUGUAAUGCUAUUCUCUCUGACAUUCCCCUCAGCCCUCGCCGCAGAUAGCUUGCAGGCCUGUGAAACAGCGACCCGCCUCACCUGAAUUCAACUGAUGGCUGAUGGCUACUCUGACUUGCUCCGCCUCCUGCAGAUCUGAACUGUCCAAUGAGAGCAAGAGCUCACUGGUACUCUGCUCCUUGGACAUGGUGGACGCCUGCAUUCACGCGCGCACACACACACACACACCUUACAAUCAAGGUGAACAAUAAAACAUGGCUGACAGGUGACAUGGGUCAGGUUCAUUCACAUGACAAGAAAAUACAACCCAAAUAAAGUCAACAUGAAUGACGUCCAAUAGAAUCAACAACACUAUGUACUCGACUGGCGGGUAAAGGCUGCCAUUUUGUGUCACAUAUACUAGCGUCGUGAAAUCGGUGAGAUUGCGGCAACAUGCAGCUUUGCGUGAAAGGCGCCGCUGCCACGGAGUGACGCAACAGAGGAACGUCCAAUCAAAUUAUUUUUCGCUGACGCUAGCCAAUGUGGUGACGUCACGUGGACGAUACACAUGCUCGGUUAUCUAAGCUAGCCGAGCUACCGUGCUAACAGCUGUCCGGUUCGGUCUUCGCCAGGUUAGCUUGCUCGGAGCCAACCCGUCCGCCGGCCCGUAAGACGCCGUUAACGUCCAGCGUACGUUGAACAGAGACGGCAAAGAAAAGAGCGUAAACGUUUGAAGCCUGGACAAGUUUUACCUUCAGACGCGUUGAUCCGAGCAGGGCGCCGCCAUGUUGACUCACCAGUCCCGCCUACCGCAGCGACACGACACCUGCCCCUGUCAAUCAAUGUCACGAGGCGUUCAGGGAAGACAAAAGUUGAAAUGUCGUCUUCUUUAUGAUCGAGGUUCAGGAAGAGCGAAGUGAUACGAAGGCAUUCCAGUUGAAAUACUUAAAAUAUUAUAUAAAAAAUAUUUACAACAAAAUACAAAUACAUGAGAAGUUUAUAGUCAAACGAUGACGCAAUAAAGGUUCGAAUAAGCCGUGAGAACUGGAGAAUGCUGACUGUGGUUCAGUAAAGUGGACUCGGUGUUUGCACGUUGAGAUAAAGUCACUGAGCAGCUGUGUUCCUUCUCACGUCCCUGCCGUGCCACGGAAGCGGAAGUACACGAACACAAACUUCACCAAAUCAAUCUUGAAACCAUCACUAAUGAAGAAGAUGACGUCACCACCCUACGGAUGCUGUGCCAUACAAUCACGUGUGUAUUCUGCCACACGGGAGGACCUCUUGUCUUGAUGGGACCCGCUGGUGGUGCGUUCAGGGUCGCAGCCGGGCGGUGCUCAGGGCGGCUAUAAAAGCCGCAGCUGAUUGGCUGACCGGAGCGAGGAGAAUGAAGAUGACGCUGAUGCUGGCGACGCUGAUGAGCGUCACUUUGAGUGCGAUCUCAGCCGCAAAGCUGGGGGUGGUGCAGACCGAGGGGGGACAGGUGCAAGGGGUGAGUAAGAGCAUGGGACUUUUCAGGACUGUGGACGUCUUUAAAGGGAUCCCCUUCGCUGACACCCCUGGACUGUGGGAGAAACCCAAACCUCAUCCGGGAUGGAGCGGUAACGCCAACCUCGACCCUUCCUUCGUGUGUCAUGAACUACUCUCAACCACUGCUGCUGAUGCUGUCCCUGGUCAUGUGACCUUCAUCGUUACUCCUGCUAUUCUCCUCGAGGAGAAUAGCAGGAGUAACGAUGAAGGUUAUGGAUCCAUGUACCACUUCCUCUACCGCCUUCCUCCUCUUCAGUACGCCAUGUCCUUUAGCCGCCUGAACGUGCCCCUUCCUCCUGGCGUGUUGAAGGCUAACAAAUAUGCAGAGCGCUGCCUUCAGGUGACGCUGUUGCAGACGAAAACCCGAGGCAGCCAUGAUUGUCUCUACUUGAACAUCUUCGUUCCUCAGGGACUCACAGUGUCGUCCAACCUGCCCGUCAUGGUGUACCUGUUUGGCGGCGCCUUCCUGUUGGGGGCGUCCAACGACUUGGCCAUCCUGGGAGACUCGCUCUACGAUGGCAAAGAAAUGGCCGACAGAGGAAACGUCAUCGUAGUCACGGCCAACUACCGAGUCGGAACGCUCGGCUUCCUCAGCAGCGGAGACGCUCGACUGCCAGGUAACUACGGGCUGUGGGAUCAGCACGCCGCCAUCUCGUGGGUGCGGAGGAACAUCGCGUCCUUCGGAGGGAACCCUGACAACAUCACCAUCUUCGGCCAAUCGGCCGGCGCCGCCAGCGCCAGCUUCCAGAUGCUGUCCCCCCACAGUAAAGGAUUAUUCCGCCGAGCCAUCACUCAGUGCGGCGUGGCGCUGAGUCCGUGGGCGCUGCAGAGGAACCCCAUGGGGCUCACCAAGAAGAUCGCCCGCAAGGUGGGCUGUUACCGUAGCGACGAGGACAUGAUGCUGGCGUGUCUGAAGAUGAGCGACCCCGUGGGGCUCACCAUGGCGGGAAAGAUCGACAUCCUUCUCAUGCUGGGCAAAGGCGUCGUCAUGGACCUUCUGGAACUCGCCCCUGUGGUGGACGGCGACUUCCUUCCCGAGCAUCCCAGUCGACUGUUUCGCAACGCGGCGGACGUGGACUACAUGGCCGGCAUCAACUCCAUGGACGGACACAUCUUUGCUGGCGUCGACGUUCCCUCCAUCAACAAGAGGAACGCCAACACCACCGUAGAGGACGUCAGGGGUCUCCUGGCCGGCCUGACCAAAGAAAAAGGAAACGCGGCUGUCGGCUCGGCUUUGAGCGUCUACUCCGCCCACUGGGGUUCCAUCCCGGAGCCAGCGGUGGUGAAGAAGACGGUGGCAGACAUUGAGACGGACUUCUUGUUCCUGGUCCCAACUCAGACCGCCCUUCAACUCCACGCCAACCACAGCAGUGGUGCCCGUACCUUCUCCUACCUGUUCAACAUGAAGACUCGUAUACCAGGAUUCCCUGGCUGGGUGGAGGCGGAGCAUAGUGAGGACCUGCAGUACUUGUUUGGGAAACCUUUCUCCACCCCCCUGGUCUACUUCCCCAGACACAGAGACCUGUCCCGCUACAUGAUGGCAUACUGGACCAACUUUGCCAAGACGGGGAACCCCAACCUGGGAGACAGUAAAGUCCCGGUCCAGUGGCCCCCUUUCACCACAACUCACCGGCCCUUCCUGACCAUCAACCACCGGAUGAGCAAGUCCUCAGUCAGCUACGACCUGAGACGCGACUACGUCACCUACUGGACCAGCACGUACGCCCGCCUGCCGCAGGUGCAGGGAAGCAGGAAGACCAGCUAGGCUUCAUCAAAUAAAACCGUUAGCAGGAUCCACCUGUCCCACGUCUAGGAUCUACAAGACGUCUUUCAAAAUAAACUUUCUUUUAAUUUGAAAAAGA